GCACUCGACUACCCUGGCUGAAAACUCUGGCAUCGCGUUGCGUUUGGAAUUGCGAGAAUUGAAAUUAAAAACUUCUUGGAAAUCAAUUGGAAAUCAAAACACAACACGAUGAAUCACCUAAAGUGGAUGGGCCACUCGUCCACGAUUAUGGACAUUCAGCGCUCGCUGCGUAAUGAUAAUCAGCACUGCGAGGUGGUCCUGGCCUCCAGGGACGGCGUUCGAGUGCGCGCCCAUCUCUUCGUGCUUAGCACCUGCAGCGAACUGAUGCGCAACCUCCUGGUCGACGUUCCGCGCGGGCAGGAGGCAACCAUAAUGCUGCCCGACAUCCGUGGAGAUUUGCUGGAGUGCAUGCUGUCCUUCAUUUACAUGGGAGAGACGAGCCUGCCUUCCGCGUCGCUCUCCGAGUUCCUGGAGGCCAUUAACCUGCUGGGCAUCAAAUCUGCCAUCAGCUUCGAGUGCAAUCCAUCGGCUAGUACACCUAGCGUCGAUGUAGAAAACAAUUCGUUAGCCGUGGAGUCGGCCAAGUCCAUCACUGGCCUCCAGAUCGCAGAGGCAGAGCUGUUGGACGACGAGGAGGAGCCACAACCAACGGUUUCUGUGCCAGCCACUGUUCUCGCGGGGUCCCAACAUCAGCCCAGCCACUCCAGCCGAUCUUUGGAGUAUCUGGAUGUCUACGAGCCGCCGAAGAUCACCUACUCCAUUGAACACAUGGACGGCAAUUCCAGCGGCAAUCAGUUUAUAUUAACCGAGAACACGGGCACUUUUACUAUAACGCAGUCGGCUUCCAGCUUAUCCAAAAUUGAGGCUGAUGAAGCGGCCACCAGUGGCGCUGAAGUAGACCUCGGAGACGAUGACGUGGAUGCAGACAUUGCUGAGGAUUCUGAGGAGCACGAGUCACAAAUGAUUGAGGAAGAGUUCGCACAAACCGAUCCUCUUAUGGAACUGGAAACGGGUACUGAAAUGGACGACGAUGACGACGUGCACGACCAGCUUGUGGACGAGGAAAUAGACGUAAAGCCCCGCAAGAUGGGCGUGGGAAAGACGCGAAUCCGUCGGCCCAUAAGUGCGAAGCCUGUCAAACGAUUGCCCGAUUGUAAACCAACGCGACUACAGCAGUUCGCGGCGCUCAAACGGGAUGUAAAAGACGAUAUAAACGAUGCUUUGGAUCUGGCGGCUGACGCGGUUAUCAUCGAGGGCUUAAGCCUACAAAAGGCCGCCGACCGGUUUGACAUCUCCAAGACAGUCCUGUGGCGGCGCGUGCGCACUAAUCCCGCCUACAUGCGAAACAACCGGGAACGACCAUCGCUGCUAGAGGCCUACGAGCGGCUGAAGAAUGGAGACUCUUUGAAGAGUAUCAGCACGGAGUUGCAAAUCCCCAUGUCCACGUUGCACCGACACAAGGUUCGUCUGUCCGCCCAGGGACGCCUGCCCAAUUUCGUGUCCUGCCGAAAGCGGGACACCACGCCCAAGGAUGAGCUGCGCGACAAAUUAGCCAAGGCGGUGCAUGCCUGCCUACAUGAAGGCAUGUCCCAAAAUCACGCGGCCAACCUCUUCGAGAUACCCAAGAGCACGCUCUGGAGACACCUGCAGCGACGCACGACGAGCCAGAACAGAAAGGUCAAGAAGGAAUUGAAAGUCGAGUACGGAGAAGAUAUGCUAAACUAGAAAUAAGCCCUCGGAGUUCUGAUGUUACAGACGUUCAGCUGGAAUCAAUAAGUUACCUUAAGAAGCCAUAAGCAUACCGAUUAACUGCAUGUUGUCCCAUCAAUGCACAUCAACCAUUUGCCCUAGGUCCUGAUAAAACCAAAACAGAAUCCGGAAGAG